UGUAAACUUACUUGUCCAGUGAUACCCGUGAUUAGUGCCACGCGUCUGUCAUCUCCGGUUGCCAUUUUAUAAAGAAAUAUUAAUCAAUUAAAUCUUCUUUUCGCACGCUAAAAGUCCAACCUUUUUUUCUUUCUUUCCUUAUAACAUUAUCACCGUUUAUCAGCAUUGAUAGUGAUAACGAUAAUUCAGCGAUUAAAGAUACGCCAUGUACAAUAAAAUUGUCGAUAGUUUAGCGACUCCAUUAUAAUCCAAAGUUAGAAAAAUUAGCGAUCGUUCAAAUUUACGCGACGACAGUAUUUGCCACCAAUUUAACUAAUAUUUAUGCAACUUAUGUUCGAUAUUAUCUUAAUCCAUCCAAAUCUUAUCUUAAACUAUUAUCAAUCUUCGAGAGAAUCGUUAACAUAUAGAAAAGUUUUUAAAACGUUUUAGUCCAUCUGCCUGUAAUCAGAUGGCGCGGCGAAAGAUCAAUGUAAAGUUGAUAAGUCAUAUCGGAACGUUUGUCUUAUGGCAAAACCACCAUUAUAAUUUGACAUAACAAUUUCAUAAAUUUUUAAUCGCCAUUCCAAGCACCGGUACAUUAAUAUUUUCAUUAAAAUGGCAAAUAAUAUUGAAAAAUUCAUCAAACUUAUAAACAAAAGGUUACAUGAGCAUAAAGUUUUCAACUUUGCAAACAGUUUUAAGUUAAGAAAUGUACGAGACAUGUAUAAAAAAGUACCAAAUGUAAAUGCAAUAUUCAAAAAUGCAAUGAAGAAAACGCGAAAUCAAGUUACGAAUAGUAUCAAUAAUUCUACCAUUAUACAAGAUUUGAAAGCCAUUCCAACGGAACCAGAAAAACCAUUGCCACACAGACUCGUUACUUGGUGGCAAUGGUAUCAACAAUUGGUAGGUCUACAUACUGUGGAGAAAUGCAGACAGCAAGUAGUUUUAAUACAAGAUCAUUUAUACAAAUGCCAAGAGAAGAGACGUUAUUUUCGUAAAGAAUCGUUUAUAAUAAAUAAUAAGAUGAAAGAAAUAUAUGAUGAAUUGUUAAGGAUAAAGAGAGAUGAUCCGAAAUAUGUAAGUUUAACAAUAAUGGAAAAUAAAAAUCUUCAAGAGCAAAGUGUAAUUACUGAAAAACUAACCUUAUUGGAAGAGGAAGAAAAAGAUUACUUUGUACAAUUGACAACCGCUAUUAAGGAAUAUCAUGAUGCGCAAACAAUGAAUUCUCAAAGGUACAAAUAUGUAUCUAUAUUGGCGUCUAUGAUUGCCGCUAUAUUAUCGCUAAUAUGUUCAACGAUAUAUAAUAAUAAAAGAAUAGAUGACAUGAGGAUAGCUAUAUCAGAGGUACAAGAAAACAAUAAAUCUGUCAUUACGAAAUGUUUCAAUUCUUUGCAACUACACGUCGAUGAAAAAUUAUCAACAGUAAAUAAAGAGGAAUCGCAAACUACGAAUAGAUACUCGAAUAUUGACAAAUGGGGUGUCUAUGUAAUUUCAGCCAUUUGGAUUCUAAAAGGAUUAAUCGGAUUCUGAAGAAGCUUGGUUCUUGUUAAACCAUUUCAUUCUACGUUACUUUCAGUACUAGGCACACUUGCUCAUAUUAUCAUGAUAAUAAUUUAAUUUCUCUUUUUAUUUUAUUAAAUAUUUAAUUCUGUAUUUAAUAGAAUUAUCAACAUUUUCAGAACUUUUUAUAGACUUGAGGUAAAUCUUGCAUUGGUUGAAAUACUAAUUCAAGAAACUAUUUUAUUUGCGCCCUUUUACAAGUCCUUUUUAUAAUUUAGUAUUAAUGUAUUAAACGGGAGUAUAUUUAAACGAUAUAAAGCUUCGUCUAUGUAUAUAGGUGAUUUCCUUAUGUAAUAAAUAAAUUAAAUCAAAAUAAGGAUACGCACAAUACAGAAAUUUUUUUACAAUUAAA